GACCCCAGGUCAAGGCGGGCUGCGGAAGGCGCGGGAUGGCGGGCCGGCGCGGCGCUCUGAUCGUGCUGGAAGGCAUGGACCGCGCCGGGAAGAGCACGCAGAGCAGCAAGCUGGUGGAGGCGCUGUGCGCAGAUGGCUACCGCGCCGAGCUGCUGCGCUUCCCGGAAAGAUCAACUGAAAUUGGCAAACUUCUAAAUUCUUACUUGACAAAGAAGAGCGAAGUGGAGGAUCAUGCCGUGCACCUGCUUUUCUCUGCGAACCGCUGGGAACUAGUGCCAUUGAUGAAGGAGAAGCUGAGUCAGGGCGUCACCCUCAUCGUGGACAGAUACGCGUUUUCUGGUGUCGCCUUCACCAGUGCCAAAGAGCACUUCUGCCUGAACUGGUGCAAGCAGCCAGACAUGGGCCUCCCCAAGCCAGACCUGGUCAUGUUCCUGCACCUGCAGUUGGAGGAGGCCGUGACGCGCGGUGAGUUCGGCCUCGAGCGCUACGAGAACAGGGACUUCCAGAAGCGGGUGCUGGAGCGCUUCCACCAGCUCAUAGGGGACAGGACCCUGAACUGGAAGAUGGUCAACGCUUCCAGGAGCAUCGAAGACGUCCACAAGGAGAUCCGCACGCUGUCCGAGGAGGCCAUCCGGGCCACGGCCCAGAAGCCGCUGGAGGAGCUGUGGAUGUAGGCCUGGAGGGACUGCCCCCCGGGUCCUGUGGGACGGGGGCCGUGUCGAAGUCUAAAUGCGUGGGCCGGGUGUCCGAGCUGCACUACGGGGGGGCAGGGCUACAAGCCACGGCGAGCACAGGUCAGCCUCGAGAGCGGUGGGCACAGGGGCCCCGUGGUCAGCCCCGCCGCCCUCCUCUGCCCUCUCACCCCAGGGUGCUAGUGAACGAGUGCGGUUCUCGCCGCAGCUCCGCGAGAACCGCAUCCGGACGGAUCUCGGAAGAGGCCGUCAGUUUGAGAGGGGAGUUUCUUGCGGACACAAAUAAAAACCAAUAGCAAGUGCG